AGGGAGCUAGGGAGUAGGGGAGAGGGUUUCCCUGGGGUGCAGAGUAUCUUGCACUGCUUGCUAGGCUGGGUGCUUAGGGCCCCCCAGGGGUGAGCUCUCUGCACUGCUGCCCUAGCCACUGGGGUCCCUCCUCGCCCUGGCCCUGGCCCUGGCCUGACCUGUCCCCUCAGCCAUGGGCGAGUCCCCUGUGCGGGUGGAGGUGCUGACCCAGCUGCAGCACCACGGCAUCCCCCCGGAGCAGAUCACCUACCCUCGCGUCGCUCUCUCCGCACCCUGGCGUCUUUGCGUCCGGCAUGGCCCCCCCCAAGACCCCGCCGGGGCCCGGGUCACCCUGCUCGACCUGCGUGAGCCCCACAGCCCAGCCACCCACAGCUGGCCCCUGCACCAGGCCCAGGGCGCACUGGCCCACCCCAGCCAGCCUCUGCUGGCCCUACGAGCGGGCUGUGUGGCACAGGUGUUCGACGUGGCGCAGCGCUGCUUGCGCUGGCAGUGGACGUUUGCCCACCCCCUGGAGUUCUGGGCGUGGCUGGAGCCCGAGACGCUGGCGCUGGUGACGGAGGAGGAGGUGUUCCACUGGGCCCUCAGCCGCCCAAAGCCGCGGCGCCAGUUCUGGCGCCAUGAGCGGCUGUGGCACAUGGAGGUGGUGGGAUACCAGCGGGAUGCCAGCGGGCUUUGGCUGGCGCUGUCCACGCUGGGCCUGGACCAGAAGGGCCAGGUGGUGGGGCUGACCCAGCUGCACUGGCGGGGGGGGGGCGGCUCUCCCAGGUCAUCGAGGCCCAGGCGGUGGGGCUGCCCCGGCACAGCUUCUCCAGGAACCCCCAUCCCUCCUCCGCCCUGCUGGCCGCCGUCCGGCACGGCACAGGGCGCAACGGGCAGUUUCACGUGGUGGAGCUGGGCCCCCACCAGCCAGGCAACGCUGCCCUGCUCAGUGCCCGUGCCAACCUGGCCUUCAAGGGUGCCCAGCCUGGGGACUUCCCCAGCGCCGUGCAGUUCGCCCCGCAGCUGGGCCUGGCACUGGUGCUCACCAAGCACGCCCUGCUCUUCCUGGCCGACGUGGAGACCGCCCAGCCCCUGCACCGUGUCCAGCUGGCCUGGGACAUUGUCUUUGCCACAGUGCCCGACCCCCCGCGCCAUGGCCUCGUGGGGGUGUGCCGCAGCGGCAAGGUGCUGUCUGUCUCGCUGUGCCCAGACCCCCUCCUGCAGCUGCUGUCGCACCGCCCUGCCAGCCUCUAUCUCACCCAGCGCCUGCUGCAGCUGGUGAGGCGGGCACCAGACCUGUGCAAAGUCAGCCCCCCAGCUGAACCAGCCAUGCCGCGGGGCCAGCCCAGACUGCAAGCUGGGGAGCGGAUGCUGGCAGGGGAGGGCAGGGGGGCUCUGUCAAUAGCGUAACUUGUACCAGGGACGGGUGGGAGGUGUCUGGCGCUGAGCUAUGAAAGCAGGGGCCGGCCUGAGUCUCCCGUCAGCCCCAGGGCCUGGGAAAGGGAGGAGUCAGCCUGAGGUUCCUAUCAGUGGGGAUGAGGAUACGGUGGGGAUGAUUGGCACCUGUCGGGGGGGGGGGGGGGUAGGAGACCCUCUCUGCAGCUCUCCAGAUAGUGACUGGGGGGGGGCCCUAGCUGCAAUGUUGCUGCAUCCUCCUUAUUUUUACAAUAAAUGGAAGAAGCUGGAGCCCUGGCUGGGGCUGGCCCCCAGCAUCCAGCUGUGUGGGGAUGGGAGGGUGGGGAUGUGUCUCUGGCUGGGAGUGCUUGGCCGGGGGGUGGGGAUGUCUCUGCUUCGGAGCCUUCGGCAGGUGGCUCUGGUUAGAUGCCCGAGGGAUUGGGGGGGUGCCCUCUCAUUGCACACAGCCCUCAGCUCUGGCCAGGCUAUUUAUUAGUGAACAACGGGGUGGCAGAUCUCUGCCCGUUGAAAGCUGCUGGGGCAGGGGUCUUAGAGGGAGGCCCAAGCCCCCCUCCCUCCUGCCCCAGCUGUCCUGGCGCAGGGGCAUGGGGCCACUCUCGGCGGCUGCAUGGGGCCAAGCUGUCCUCUUCUGUUGUGCUGCCCUAGAGGGGGGAGCUGGGGUUAGAGGAGGGGGGCAGGGCAGGGGCAAGGCCCUCUUGCUGGGUGAGGGGGGCAAUGUCCCUACCUGCUCUGCUCCCUGCUCGCCAGCUGCCUGACCGCAGCAUCUCCCGUGCCCUUCAGCUCGUCGAUGAUCUCCUGCAGCAGGUCCAGCCUGGGGAGCAGGGGCGGGUUAGCAGGGAGGUAGGGGUGGCCCAGCCCCCCACACGGGGUGCUCCCCACAGCUGCUGCAGUGAGUAUUGGCUAGCUCUGUCAAGCCACCCACCUCCCCCUGUGUUACACCUGCUCUCCAGCCCCAGCACCCCUCACCUCCCUGCUACCCCCAUGCCUCAGCCUGCAGCUGGGGUGGCUGGGUAAAACGUGGACCUGAGACAGGGUCAAGCAUGUGCACCCGCUACGGGUGUUGCUCCCCAUAACAUGUGCUCUUGGGGGACUGCAGCAGAGGCUUCUGGGUAAAAUGCUGAGGGGAGCACUGGUCUCUGCUUCCCACCCCCCUGCAGGGCUCCCUGGCCACUCACGACUGCAGGGUGCCAAAGGGGCUGUCCAGGGCGGGUUCACGGGCUGGGUCGGAGCAUCCCAGGCCCUGCAGACAGAUAAGUGGCAGGAGUCGGUGAUGGUGGCAGAUCUGGGGGGCAGCCCUGGUGGGGGGGGUCUUCUCUCUCCGUUACCUGCUGCUGCUCCUGCAUUCGCACCCAGGCAGAGAAAUCGAUGAGGGUCUGCAGGGGACAACCCCUGGGCCCCCCGCUGUGCUCACCUGAGGAGGAGGGACCAGGUCAGUGUGGGACUCUGCCCUGGCCUGUGGGGGCUGCAGGAGUCAGUGGGGGAGGAGGGGCCCCAAAUGGCGGGAGGGCGGGUGCCGGGCAGGCCUGGCAGGGGGAAGGUUAACAGCCUAGGGGUGGUCACACCCUAGCGGUGGGGGGCCAGCACUGCUGGGCAGGCACUGUGCUCCUCCUUGGUGCAGUCAGUAAGGCACCCCGGGAUCCCAGUUGGCAGCGAGAGCAGCAUGGCUGGGGCUCCGGAAGGGGGGCUACCUGCUACCCCCCAUCCACAAAGCUCGGUGGAGCCCAGCCGGGAGCCCCACCUACUCCGCUCUAGGGAGAGGCUGGGAGAAGUGUGACUCACCUACUGGGGCCAUGGGUGGCCGGCCAGACCCUUGCAGGGCCCCCAGGCUGCAGCAUGCCCGGGGGCCCGUUUGGCCAGCCCCACGCCUGCCGCAGCGUGGCCGGGCCGGGAGCACCCCCUGGAGGCUGACUAAGUCCUGCAGGGCCUGGAUGCCAGAGGCAAAGCGGCGCUCCAGGGUUUCCAGCGAGGCCUGGGCUUGAUCCAGCAGGCAGGCUGAGGCCUGGAGGCUGCUGACACAGGGCAGGGCUGGGGACCGGGCUGGCUCCUAUGGGUAACACAGCCGGCGUUAGAUGCUGGGGAUACGGGUGUAAAAUCUGACGUCCCGACAAACUCAAUUAAUACAUUUUACCUACCCCUUAACGUUACCAGUUAGCUACCCUCUCAAUGUUAACAUAUCGUUUCUCCUGUUGUAAGAGCACCCCAGCUCACAACUUCAUUACAACCCUCUGUAACACACAUGGCAAGCCUCUUUACGCUUGUUUUCCCCAAUACCCACGGCUUUACGCACUACCUUGGUAGAUCUAUUGGCU